GCCCGGGCCAUCCCGGAGCCGGGUCUCUGUUUCCCCGUAAAUAAGGCUCCCGUCCGCGGCCGGCCGUAUAAAUAAAUGCCGCUGCGUCGGGGCCGGCUCGCCCUGCCGCACGCCGGAGAGCGGGCGCGGGCGCAGGUAGAGCCGUGGGCGGCCGGGGCCGGGGCCGGGGCCGCGCCUGAGCCGCCGCUUCAGGACGCGGACAGCUCUGCGCCGCGGGGCCGCGCCACGCCCGGGCUGCCGAGCGGCGGGCGGCCGGGGGAGCGGGCGGCGCGGGCGGCGGGCCGCCAGGGGGUGCCGGCGCGGGCGCUGCUCCCUGCCCGCCGCCUCAGGCGGGGCCAUGGCAGCGGGCGAGCGGGCGGAGGAGCCGCUGGCGGAGCUCAGCCACUAUGUGGUGGCGCGGCCCAUCUACAGCGAGGCGGGCUUCCAGGAGGAGAACGAGCGGCGGCUGCCGCUGCCGCCCACACUCCGCGAGCGGGCGCAGGCGGCCUGCAGGUGUUCGAGAAGAAGAGCCUUUCAGAUCACCAGGUCCUUUCUGCCUGUCCUGGAGUGGCUGCCCAACUACCGGGUGAAGGAGUGGCUGGUCAGCGAUGUCAUCUCGGGGGUCAGCACCGGCCUGGUGGCCACCCUGCAAGGUUUGGCAUAUGCUUUGCUGGUUGCAGUUCCUGUUGGAUAUGGUCUCUAUUCUGCCUUUUUUCCCAUCCUGACAUACUUUUUCCUGGGAACAUCAAGGCACAUCUCAGUUGGUCCGUUCCCUGUAGUCAGUUUGAUGGUGGGAUCUGUUGUAUUGAGCAUGGCCCCUGAUGAUAAUUUUCUCAUAGAUGGCAGUAAUGCUACAGGGACUAAUGGUACUGGGACACUGAUAGACACUGAAUCCAGAGAUGCACAGAGAGUGCUGAUUGCUAGUACACUCACAUUUCUGGUUGGAAUUUUACAGGUAAUAUUUGGAGUCCUUCAGAUUGGUUUCAUUGUGCGGUACCUUGCAGAUCCAUUAGUUGGGGGAUUUACAACUGCAGCUGCUUUUCAAGUGCUUGUGUCACAAUUGAAAAUAGUCCUCAAUGUUUCAACUAAAAACUAUAAUGGUGUCCUUUCCAUAAUAUAUACUCUUAUUGAAACAUUUGAAAAAAUCAGUACCACCAACAUUGCAGAUCUUACUGCUGGACUCCUCACCAUUUUUGUCUGCAUGGUAGUUAAAGAAAUAAACGAUCGGUUCAAACACAAGAUACCUAUACCUAUACCAAUAGAAGUUAUUGUGACAAUAGUAGCCACUGGCAUUUCAUAUGCUGCUGACUUGGAAAAAAAAUACAAUGCAGGCAUUGUUAAGAGCAUUCCAAGAGGAUUUUUGCCUCCCGAACCUCCAGAUGUCAGCCUCUUUUCCCAGAUGAUGGCAGCCUCCUUUUCCAUUGCUAUUGUUGCUUAUGCUAUUGCUGUAUCUGUGGGGAAAGUAUAUGCAACCAAGUAUGGCUAUGCUAUUGAUGGAAACCAGGAAUUUAUUGCCUUUGGGUUCAGCAACAUUUUUUCAGGUGCCUUUUCUUGUUUUGUUGCAACUACUGCUCUUUCACGGACCGCAGUCCAAGAAAGUACUGGUGGAAAGACUCAGGUUGCUGGUAUAAUCUCAGCUGGGAUUGUUUUGAUUUCCAUUGUUGCCCUGGGGAAAUUGCUAGAGCCCUUACAAAAGUCUGUGUUGGCAGCUGUAGUCAUAGCUAACUUGAAAGGGAUGUUCAUGCAAGUGUUUGAUGUUCCCCGUCUGUGGAGACAGAAUAGAGUGGAUGCUAUGAUCUGGGUUUUUACAUGUGUGGCAUCCAUCAUUCUGGGACUUGAUUUGGGAUUACUUGCUGGCCUUUUGUUUGGAUUGCUGACAGUUGUGCUGAGAGUUCAAUUUCCUUCAUGGGGUGGCUUUGGAAACAUUCCUGGCACAGACAUCUACAAGAAGGUCAAGGACUACAAAAAUGUUAUAGAACCAGAAGGUGUGAAGAUACUGAAGUUUUCAAGUCCAAUAUUUUAUGCUAAUAUCGAUGGACUGAAAAGCAGCCUCAAAUCCACAGUAGGAUUUGAUGCAGUCAAGGUAUAUAAUAAAAGACUCAAAGCACUGAGGAAGAUACAAAAGCUAAUCAAGAAGGGGAAAUUAAAAGCUACUAAGAAUGGCAUCAUCAGUGAGCCUGGUAUUAGUAAUGAAGCUUUUGAGACUGAUGAGGAACCUGAAGACAACCAAGAUCUUCAAGUUCCCACCAAAGAAGUAGAGAUCCAGGUGGACUGGAAUUCAGAACUCCCAGUCAAAGUAAACAUCCCCAAGGUGCCCAUCCACAGUCUCAUUCUUGAUUUUGGAGCAGUAACCUUCUUGGAUAUUGUAGCUGUGAGAUCAAUAAAAACGAUAAUUAGAGAGUUUGAAAGAAUUGAUGUGAGAGUAUACUUUGCUUCAUAUCAAGACAGCCUUAUAUCUCAACUGGAACGGAGUGCCUUCUUUGAUGAUACUGUCAGAAAAGACAUAUUCUUCUUGACUGUCCAUGAUGCUGUGCUCUACAUAAGGAAUCAAAUGACCUACAGUGACAACCAGGAUCCCAUAUUUGAGAAGAUUUCCCUCAUGCAGGAGUCUAAAGAACCCAUAGAAUUCACAGAAACAAGCCGGCCUGAUGAUGAACUCGAUGUUCAGGAAGAGGUAUGCACUUUAGAACCGAAUGUGUCUGUUACUUACAGAAUACUGCUGGCUUUACUCCUUUGCCUGUAGCACUGAGCCAUGCUGUGAGAGUAUGGGGGAUGAACUGAGCCCUCAACAGUUUCCUUCUCCAUAAAUAAAUUCCAUCCUGGGUACCUGAAUGUCAGUGCUUAAUGGAGGAGGUCAAAUUUUUCUUGAGAGGUAGCAGAUUGUAUGUGCAGAAGCAUCUCCUCUGUUGCUUUAGGACUACUUUUGCCUUACACAGGCUUAUAAAUGGAUCUAAACAUGAGCUAGGUGCCUAAAAGAUGACUUUGUAAGGCUUGAGGCACCCAAGCCCAAAAUUAUGGUCAACCUUCCCCCUUCGUUCCUCAUUGUAACACAGCAGACACCUUCUUGCACAAUGUGAACAUUUUACAGGAAGCUGCAGCAAAGCUGUGUACUGGACAUAACUAAAUGCAACAACACAAGUCCAUUAAAGCAAUACCAUGGUAUUUUGUAGUUACAGAACACUGCCAGAAAACAAAGUAGCAUUUGCCGCUAAAAUAACCGUGCAGCACACAAGCCACUUACUCAGAAAACAAAAGAUUGGGCUAAAUACCCUUUUAUAAUCUGAGACAGAUUAAACUAGUGAUGCAUCAAUGCCUUGGAAGCAUUACAACAUUCCAUGUAGGUAAAGGCAUGAUUACUAUCUAUCCCUCCUAUCAUGCUGCUGUGGUACUAGUCAGAACUCCAUUCCUAAUUCCCGGAAAAUGCGGUAGCACCCUGUGCUUGGCCUCUCUGCUCCAGCAGCAGGAAUGCUGUGAUCCUUCUCUGUGUCAUGCUCUAGCUAAAUGCCGCAGCAAGGUUGCUGUGCCUCUGGGAUGUAGAGGUUCCUGAAGGGAAGUUGGUAAGAGGAGGCUGUGGCUGCGUAGAGGUUCUCAUCAUCACCCUGCAUUGUAGUAUCUACCAUAGCACGAAGUCCUGUAGGAAAAGGUAAGGUCAGCUCGGAAGGCAGAUUGGUGAGAGGAGAAAGCGAGACUGUAAGCAAAAGCCUCUCAAACUUCAUCAGGGCUUGGUCAGUAGAUUGUGAUACUUGGUACUCCUGAUUCACCUAUCCAUUUUGGAUUGGUAUGAAAACUGCAAGAGGCCCAAAUAUUAUUCUUUAUCGCUAAUAAGGGGAGAAGCACUUUUGACUCCCCUGAAAGUCAUAGUGCAGAAAGGCACGAUUAAAAAAGCUAGAGACACUAUGAUUCUGUAACAGAAGCAUUUGGGAAAGGCAGGCCAAAAAGACUUGAAUUCUGAUUUCUAUUCACAGGAUUGCUUAGAUAUUUAUAUUGGUCAUUAAAUAAGAAAAGAAGCCAAAACUACCAAUCCAAGGUCAAAGAGUGUUCUGGGAGGUUUCUGUCCCCCACCUUUAUAGCCUCAUUUUGAAGGUGAGAGCUAGAAACCUUCCAACCUGCAGCUUCCCGACUGAAUUGUCCGAUGCAGACACACAUCAGAGGGCAGCUGCCUCAGAACACUUACUUUCUCUGUACUUUCACUGAGGCCGUGUUGAACUUGGCAGGUUUUAGUUAACACAUACACAAACAUUUUGUUUUGCCAAGCAAUGUGUACUCAAAAUUAACCAUGGCAUGUUUCUCUCCACCGUCUGAAAACCAUUCCAUUAGGCUAUGCGCAGACUUGCUUCAUGAAGACGAACUGCUGGUACUGUCCUGCCUGUGAACUCACAGCAACAUUUACGCACCAGUACUAUAUAAGCAUUUUCUGCAAUGAAGCCAAUCUUUGCACUUGAAGAAAACCCUGAUUGUUUGUCUGAAUGAUACAGAUCUCUAGAAAUUUCCAAAUUUUAGCUAACGUUAUCCCAGAAAUACUCUGCACCUUGAUUCAGCAAGCAUUUUCCAAUAUGACAUAUUGAUUAAAAAAUUCAGAAGACUCCUACUGAAGAUGUACUCAGUUUUGGGACUAGUCAGGCAGAAGGUGCGUUACACUUUUAUCAGCAUGUACAGGAUGAAAAGCUGCUUUGUGGUCUGUCCAGGAGAGUCAAAGGGAUCAAAAUCUUUGGAUGGCAAGCCUUUUAUCCUGUAUUUGUACAAUGCCUAGCAAGAGGGCUGGAGUUCUAGCUGGCCAAGGCUUUGCAAUUCUAGAACAUUAGUGUGAGCAAACGUGCUGAGAAGUCUUGAAAAAUGUAUCAUGAUCACUUUUUCCAAGCAAUUCCUUAAACUGCUGCAGGUUGUUAGGUAACUGAAACAGGUGAUGGGUGAAAGUCACAUGAACAGAAAAUGGCACCGAACUACUGUAAAACUUUUAAUAGGGCAAGUUUCAGUAGAAAAGACCCUUGGAUAGGGGUUCAUUAGUUCUGCAUUAAUCUCAUUGUAGCAAAUCAUGCACUACUAUCAAUGAUCGUCCCUGAAAGGAAGUAUACACAGAAGAUUAUGUUGGCUAGGUUAUGUAUCUUUCAUCAAGAGGCAGACCAUGACAUAAAUUACAUUAAGGAAAACUUUAGUCCCCAAGUACUCAGUGGAAUUUGUAGAACUGGCUGCUACUGAGUGCAAGUAAAGUCGUCGGAAUGUGACCUAAUAUAGACGUUUGUGGGUUUUUUUUUUUUAAAUGGAAUAUAGAAUUUUAUUUAGUUUAAUGAAUGGUUAUAUUUUUAUAUAGCAUAUUUUUCCUUUUAAUAUUCUACAUCAGACUGCUGCUGUUCUUUUACAUUUGAAAGUCCAUAAUGCACAAGUGCAAUAAUUUACAGAAGAUAAACGAUUUGACCUGCAAAACUUUAAUCCUUACUUUAGGACUAUAUAAAAUAGAUAUGCAGGAAAUCAAUGUUCUUUCUUUUCACAAAGAAAUAUGUUUUGAUGGAAAAAAGACUGCUAUCUUAAAUUUUUUAGCACUAUAUUAUUUUUUUUAAGGGAAAAAGCCUUGCAUGGUGAGGGAACAGAUAAUAAUGAGUGUUAAGAAAUGUCCAGGUAUAAAAACCCUUUAAAUUUCACAAUGUGGGCUAAUUAGCUUCAGUAUGUUCACAUAUUUAAGUAUCCUUAUUUGAUUACAUCAGAUAAAUUUUCCUGUGUCACACUACACAGAGAUUUUUGCUGCAAGUAGUGUUAGCAGAAAAUCUCAGGUGAAAAGCUCAGCACUAAGUAAUUUUUUCUGUCUUAAGGACCUGAGUGAACUCCAUCAAAAUCAGUGAAAAAAAUCCUAUAAACUUUACUCAGUUGGACAGUAUCUUACACAGUAGGUAACAGCACCGGACUGGCAUCUUUAUUCUCUAAUUAAGACAAAAACUUCAGUCAGUGAAGUUUCUUAUUUCAAAUGCAAUACAGGCUUGAACCUAGAUGAUACCGAUGUUCCAGUCCAAGCCAGCAAAAAUUCAGGCUUGUAUUUAGAAGCAGACAUAUGUCAUUUGUAUGUCAGAUUGGCAUCUCCAGAAGCUGAGGUGUGUGUUUAAGAGGCAAAUCGGACUGAUCUGCACCUCCUCAGAUGCAAGUAUUAAUUUCUAUUUACACUAAUGCUUAGGCUCAGGCUGUGAUUUGACAAUUCACGUUUUUAGCGCUACCUGUCCUCAUUCACCUGUUCGCCAGCCUAAUGCAGGAGGGUGGCACUUCUGUCCACAGUACUGAACACAACCUUCCCCUCCGGCCAUGGCCCCCACCUACAUUAACCUUUCAUUAACGUGGCCAGUGCACAAGGCUGGUGACAGAAGGACAAGGCCAGUAAGUGUUUCUCAGAAGGUGUAUUCCUUUUCUAAAGUGGAUGUAUAUUUUAUGUAAAAAGUAAAUGUAAAAUAUUAUACCUGGGACUGGCAAGUGAGCUUUCAGUUAAUUUUUGCAUAGAACACAUACUAUGGAAAAGACGGUAUAAAAUAUAGCAGUGGAUUUAUUUUUUUCCUCAAGGGAACAUCUGCACUGUGAAGUUUGAGUAUAGACUCUUGCUUGCCCAAGAUGUGGGCUUACAUUAUUUUUUGAAUCUUCUCCAGUUCUUGUCCAUACCGGUAUUUAGAAAAAGCAAUUGAAUAUUCAACAGUCUUCCACUUUCCUUUCCAAAUAUGACAUUUCAGCUGGAAUUCAUUGUGAUAAAAUAGGAUGCGAUGGACUUAUUCUUUAUUUGUAGCCUGCAUAAUUCUUCUAGGCAUGGCUGUAUUUGUUCUUAAUUUAACUGGCACAAAAUAGCCAGCCUUUUCUGAAACACAGCUUUUCACACAAAGCCUACAGUUAGACAGAACGGUAAGCAGUAACAUGCAGAAGGCAUUCAAAUACCUUUCUCAGUGGGUCAGGGAGUAUAUGCUUCUUCACUUUCUAUCUGUGUAUCCAUCAAAAUGAAGGAUACCAAAAUAAUUGAUUUUGCAAUUAAGCUAAAAUUCUCUAGUUUUGUACUAAUUCAAACAUCCAUAAGUAAUGCAACUAGAUGUGCUUAUCUUUUUCCAGUAGAAUGAAGAAGUGGUAUUUUUGUAUGCAUUUUGAGUAUUACUAUUCUGUCUUUGCAUGUCAGGUAUUAAAUUUGGAGAUGUAUUUUAAGUUUUUUUACCCUUUUAAAAAGCUGUAUUUUAAAAGUAAUUGUAUCCAUUAACUAGAAAAUAAAGUUGUGCACACUGAAAACAUGCUCCAUGCAUCUGCACGUUUGGGUUUUUUUUAAACUCUCCUCUUUGUGAAUUACUAUUGGGAAAAUAAAGCAUAUUAUGGAGGGA